AUGGCAGGUUAUGCGCUGAAGCGAUUAAUGGCUGAGUACAAGCAAUUGACGCUAAACCCACCUGAAGGGAUUAUUGCUGGACCAAUCAGUGAAGAUAAUUUUUUCGAGUGGGAGUGUCUAAUCACAGGACCGGAUGAGACAUGUUUUGAGAAUGGCGUCUUUCCAGCAAGGAUUAUUUUCCCGCAGGAUUAUCCUCUUUCUCCGCCAAAAAUGCAAUUUACUUGCGACAUUUUUCAUCCAAACAUCUAUCCGGACGGACGCGUUUGUAUUAGUAUUCUCCAUUCUCCAGGUGAUGAUCCGACUGGCUAUGAGUCAAGCGCAGAACGAUGGUCUCCUGUACAGUCCAUCGAAAAAAUCCUGCUUUCUGUUGUAUCUAUGCUUGCUGAACCGAAUGAUGAAAGUGCUGCCAACGUAAAUGCAGCAAAAAUGUGGCGUGAAGAUCGUUUACAAUUUGAACGUAUUGCGGAUAGUCUUGUGCGUAAAACGUUAUGCUUGCCUCCGAAUACCUCAUUAUAA